GUCGAGCGUUUGCACGCAGACGCAGGUUUUCAUCUAUUCUGGUCUUCUGCCCUCUGUGACGUUAAUUUGCAAAGCCAAGAAAAGAAAGGGAACCAACCCAUUGAUUAUUCUCUACUAGUUAUUCUCUAUUAUUCUUCUCCUGCAAAUCUAACUACCCUAAAAUGCAACCUCUAGUCGAGGUUGUGCACGUUAUUGAACAGACAGAUUUCUGCCAUUUCCAAUUAGUUAUAGCUGUCUCCGAUCGAUCUGAUCGAUUUUAUAAUUCUCAUUCAGAUAAAGCUCAGAGAAUCCAUCUCCAAGGUAUUCCAGAGGAAAACUCCAAUUUUGCAGUUGAAUAUCUUCUAUUUAUAGAGACUUUGCAAAUCCCAUUUGUUAAUUCCUGAAACCCAUAAAAAAGUUUCAUCAGUUUGAUCGUCGAAAGUUGUUUAUUUUAUGCCUAUUCUUGUUUGAUUCAUUUUGAGUAAUGGAUCACAACCCUGUAAUCCUUGAAAUUAGUUCUGAUGAAGAGGGUGGCUUGGACGAAGUAAUCGAUGACAAUCUCGAUUGGAUAUCGGAACUUCUCUAUCCGGUUGGUAAUGUAACAGAAGAAUCGGAUGAUGUUGUAGUUGUGGGCGAGUUUAGGGCUAGUUCUGUUUUUCAGAAGCAGAAUUACAAGCCUCCGGAUACUGCAAAGCUCAAGGAUGAUUCUGAUGAUGAAUGCAUGAUUUUGGAUGGUGAUCCCGACAACCCAGUUGCUGUUGUAAAUGAUACAGAAGAUGGAUCAGAAGAAUUGCUUAUUGUGGGCGAGAAGGGGCAGCUAGCAUGCAGAGAUUAUCCUCAUCCACGGCAUUUGUGUGCUAAAUUUCCUUUUAGUUCUACUCCACAUGAAAAAUACUGUGACCUGUGCCAUUGCUAUGUAUGUGAGAUUCAUGCUCCAUGUGCCUCCUGGGGCUACGGUCUCUCCAGUACUGACCAUUGUCAUGCUACUGAUAAAGAGCAGAUAUGGAGAGUAAAGAGGAAACAUCUUAAACAAGGCAAUACAGUGCCCCCACCUGUCCCAAAGCUUCCCAACACUGCUCUCUCCAUGAUGCUACCCUCUUCUAACACGGUUCAAACACCCAAUCAAUUGGUACCUCCCAACCAAGGUUUUGUUCCAAUUCACUCAUCGUCCAAUUCAGCCCAGCCCCAUGCUUGCUCAUCAGCUUCCAAUUUUGGCAUGUCAAACAUCAUAAGCCCCAGGAGUAGUAACCGCCGGGCAGGAGUCAUCCAGCACAGGAACAGAUUGUCACCACAUCUGAGUAGAUCUCAAUUGAUGCCUGUUAUGAACAAUCUCAUCCAAAAGGAGACAAGUGGCAGAUCUGGCACUUCGGUUCCUCGGUUUGUUCCUUACCAUACGAAAAGUAAAAGGGCAGGAACCACAGGAUGUGGUUUAUUACAUAACCUACAUGGACCUGGAAAUGGUUUUCCAAGUAAUAGUAAUAAUCUUGUCUCUAAAUCACAGCAGCCAAGGAGUUAUGCUCCCCAUGAAGGUUGUAAAACCAGUUGGCAGGACUUUCUUACAGUCAACAAUCUAGAGCUGGAGUCAUGCCAAAGCUCCUCCCAGACAAGCAUGGGCAGCAAUUUUGCAUACUUCCAGUCGUAUACUAUUUCCUCUCAACCUCAGUCAUGUAGUCAGCCUACUUUACAACUAAGUGAAAGCCAUAAUACAAUCCUACAAGCAAAUCCAUCUCCAAAUGCCACAAAUCUGAAUCCAUUGGACUUAAUCUUCAGAGAGAUAAACAAUACAACGGAGAGCAUCCAACUUCCCCCAGAAGCAGAUUCCAAUUUUCAAAGUGUAAAGCCAAGCUUUGACUAUUCAUUUCCUAUCACAGAGUCCAAUCCCCCAUAUACUAGUAGUACAAACUCUGUUCCAUCAGACUUCUGUAUGGAGAACUGGCCUUAUCCUGACCAUCAGUCCGUUAUGGGGACUACAAAAGAUUGUGUACCAUAUGAACCAGAUAUUGUCUUGCCUGAAUCUUCCUCAGUGGAUCCUGCAAUGGUUGUAUUUGAUUUUGAAACCUCUUGGAAUGAGGUGCCUAUGUUUAUCCCACACCCAUUUGGUUCAAAUGUUGUUAUAUAGACCCUGAUGGCUUCACAGAAAUUACAAAUCUAGCAUUUAUUAUCAUGUUACCAGCAUCAGCUCCAAGGUCAUAAUUA